GGAGCUGGAGAAGGCAGGCAAGCAGGCAAGGAGGUUAAGAAGAGAGACCACAGCAGAGCCAGUGUGUGUGUGUGUAUGUGUUGACGAUACCGAAGAAGAAGGGAACGGAAGGGAAGGGAAGGAAAAGGCAAAGGCAAGCCAAAGAUAGUAACGAAGGGAAGGGAAGGGAAGGGAAGGAACAACGUGGUGCCGCAGCUACUGUUACUCACUCACUGCUCAUCUCUGCUUGAGUGUAUCGAGGAUUGAUAGAGUAUUCUCUGCCGCCGCCCACACUCACUCACUCCCAUCCCAUCUCUCUCUCUUUUCUUUCUUUCCCCCUUUAUGCUUCCUUCUUCUCACGUACUACUCUACUCUACUCUACUCUAAUACCCUUGGCUAGUCUUCUCCUUCUGCUUCUUCUUCUUCAUCCACCCGAUACCACCACCAGCAGGCUCCCUCCCCUCCCUCCCUCCCUCCCGCCCUUCCUGUGCAGCAGGUGGAGGUGGAGGUGGCCAUUCCCCCGGAGCAGGCGGUGUUUACCCUAAUACUGUGAUCGGUAGUCUUCUCCAGUGUUGUGACGGGGGGUGUUGGUGAAGAAGGUGUAGGGUUUCGGUGCUGGCUUGGCGUUCGUUGGCUUGUUGCGAUUCGUUGCAGCCAUUGACGGGUGGUUCCCCCCCCCCACUUUUUUUUUUUUUUUUUUUUUUUUUGAGUGUGUGAUUUGGUGAUCUUUGAACUUUGGAGGACAUCGAGAUGAGUGACGAUGAUGAUUUCGGGGAUCUGUAUGCGGAGGACGUGGGAGGAGGAGGAGGAGGUGGCGGUGGUGGUACUGGUACCCUGUACGAGGCGUCCAAGGAGGUGAGAGUGGAGGAGAGUUGGGGAUACGGGGGUGAAGGGGAUGUCAACGACGAAGAUAGGGAAGACGAGGAGGAGCUUCUCUAUGGGACUUCCUCUGCGUCUGCCGUGGCGCCGGCUGUCGUAGGAGGAUUGACGGCCGGGUUCGAGGUCGGGGUAAAGGAUGUGGACAACGAGGAGACGUUUUUGUAUGGGGAGUUGUAUGGGAGUGCUGCGGCUGCGGCGACGACGACCUCGAAGGGGGAUGGGUUGGAAUCCGCGUCUGUUGAAGAUACCAGGAGCAGGGAAGCGGGUGCUGCAGCUGCAAUUGAGAAUGGAAAUUCGUAUGGAGCGGAAUCAGAUGCUAGCGGCUUACUAGGUCGGAUGCAACCGCAAACCCCUGGAACAGUCGGUGGUUUGAGGGCUUUGGAGAGCUUUAGGGGGGUUGGAGGGAUUGUUGUGGCACCGGGUCUUGCACCCUCUGGGUCUGUUGGUUUACGCGAAAAAGAGGAGGUGACAGCGGGAGAGAUGGGCGACGAUAGUGCCGCUGCAGCUGGAGUUGCAGGGACAGGGGAAGGCGAGGAUUGGGACAGUGAUAGCGACGACGGCCUACAAAUUGUGUUGAAUGACGAUGCGCCGGCUUUUGGAAAUCCGGAAGGGGAGGCGAAGAGUGAAUAUUACGAGGGUAGUGAUGACGAGGACGAGGAAGACCUGAUUAUUGUGGCAGAGGAUGAGCCUCUGGACGGGCAAGAGAAUUGGGGAGAGGAAGGAGGGCCUUUAUCUGAACCGCCUCUUUCCGGUCCUCCAAGUGGAGGUCCACCAGGGGCACUCGAGAGGGUUGUAUCAGGUGGUGAUGAUCGGGGAGCCCCUGGUAAAACUGGUGGUCAAGGGCCAGGUCUGGCUGGUCCUCGAAUUGGCUACAGUGGUCAGGGCUACUACACUUCACAACCUCAUCAUGCACAGUACAAGUAUGUGAGACCAGGUGCUGGAGCAUCCGGUGCACCUGCCUCGAGCCUGGCAGGAGAACCACAGUCAGGUGGAAGAGGUGCUGGGAGAGGGGAUUGGGGAGCUGGCCGAGGUGCUGAAGGCGGGCGAGGAGAUUGGGCAGGCAGGGGGCGUGGUGGUUCUAAUGGUCAACGAGGUUCGCAAAGUGGUCCAGCGGCAUGGGGUGGUUCUGGUGGUCGUGGAUACUCAAGUGGCGUAGAGUUCAAUCUGCCUCCAACCAAGACAGUAUUUGAUAUUGACCUUGAAACACUGGAAGAGAAGCCUUGGCAACGACCUGGUGUGGAUAUUACAGACUAUUUCAAUUUUGGUUUCAACGAGAACAGCUGGAAAAGUUAUUGUCAACAACUGGCCCAAUUACGAUUAGAAGCAACAAUGCAAAGCAAAAUUCGAGUCUAUGAAAGUGGCCGCUCCGAGCAGGAAUAUGAUCCAGACCUGCCACCAGAGCUCAUGGCAGCCCAAGGCCUGCAAGAUGCUCCCGGUGAUUUUAGUAACCACCAGCGUCAGUCCGACCAUGGUGGUCAGUCAGGUAGUCGUGGGCGUGGAUCAGGGCGAGGUCGACCUCAAAUGCCUACAGGGAGGGCUAUUCAAGUUGAAGGUGGAGGAGGGGAAAGACGUCCUUCAGCUGAUAUUCGCAGGCAAAGAACACGAGAUUCCGAUGCCGUUAUUCACAUUGUUUUACAAGAUGCAUCUGAGGAUGAACCCGACGUAGCAGCAGCAGCAGCUGUUGAUUACGAUAAGGAGUACAUAGUGGAUGAGGCAAAAGGUGGGAAGCAAUUGGAACCAUACUCGAAUUACCAUCACGAAGAGGAGGCUCGUGAGUUUGGACCUGGAGGACCAGCACCAUGGAUGGAUUAUUACCCAUAUGAGCAUUGGGAACAAGGAAAUAUGAUGGACAUGGCAGGUGAACAUAUGCAUGGUCCUGUGCGUCCAGGUAUGGGAAUGGAAGGGCAUGGACCCUUUCCUAUGGGUCCUGGCAUGUCUAUGCAUCCACCUGGUGCUGGACAUGAUUUUGGCAUGUUUCCUGGUCCUUUUGGAAUGCCACCAUAUGAGAGGAGUGGAGUUGGAAGACCUCCUAUGUACGGGGGACCACGAUUAGGAGGGGGACCUAUGUCUGGCCCGGGACCAGAUGGAUAUCUACCGGAUCAUUUUGCCAUGCAGCCCCAUCCUGGUGGAUUUACAGAGCCUCAGCGGCUCAGAACCCCUCCGGGAUUAGCGCAUCCAAAUCGUGUGGGUCCUCUCAGCGGUGAGUGGGAGGAAGAGCUAAGCAAUGGUAGUGGAGCUAAUCGAUCAGGGCAUGAGCAUCAUGGCGCUCAUGUUAACAGGGACCGCGAAAGUCUUAGUUGGGAUAAUGACGUUGAUAAAAGGCCCCAGCGGAGGUCCCGGUCUGUACUUGUUGAGAAGGCUGCUGAGGAGCCUUCACCCGAGCAGGUAUCUGGAGGUCCGAAGAGGUCUAAAUCUAAAGAGGAUGGCGGUGAAGGUGAAGAUUCAGAGUUGGGUGGCAAAGGAAGACCUGCCAAGAGGAAAAGGGUUGGUUCCGUUACAAUGAGAGGUGAUAAUAGUCAGUUAUAUUCUUCAGGGGCAUCAUCCUCUGACGAGAGUUCAGACUCAAGUUUAGACAAUAUCAAGGAAGUUGCACCUGGCAGAGCAAAAGCUGCUAGUCUCUAUGAGAAAGUACCUAGACAGAACGAUGCAUCAGAACAACACCAGUAUAGAGGUGAUUCUGGGUCUAGAAGACGAAUGGCGGAAAGUAAGGAACGAGAAGAACUUCACAGAAGUGAACGCUCACAAGGUCUUCGAGGGAAAGAUGAGCCUGUACAUGAUCGGAGAAGCCGCGAAGAUAGGGACAGAGAUAGAGAAAGAGACAGGGACAGGGAUAGAGAGAGAGAGAGAGAAAGGGAGAGGGAGAGGGAACGAGAAAGAGAGAGGGAAAGAGAAAGAGAAAAAGAAAGAGAGAGACGGGAAUAUGAUGAAGCUCGUCAUUACAGAAAGGACAGAGGUGAAGAAAGGAAUGACGAAGUUAGAAAACGUGGAAGACCCGAACAUGGCUAUGACAGGGAGAGGGAGGAUAGAAGCCGGAAAAGAGAGCAAGAAGAACCCGGACAUCGACGACGAGCGGGUGAACUUCAAGGGCAGAAAGCGUGGGUGGACGAGAAAAGGAAUGAUGAUCGUUCUCGUCAUGGAGACAGAGAGAAAGAUGCUAGGCCUUAUGAUAGAGAUCUGGAAAGGAGUCGAGGACGGGAAGAAUUGAGGUCCCAUCAGAGAGAAGAAAAUCGUCCACGUGAGGAGGUUUCAAGGGUGGAUCAAGAAGAACGGUAUAGAGAAAAAAGAGAAGGAAAUCGCUCGCGGGAAGAAAUUUCAAGAACAGGUCAAGAAGAAGAGCGGUAUAGAGAUAGGGACAAACUCCGACGGGACGACCGUCUAGAUGAGCGGCGGGACGAUGCACGCUCGAAAGGGGGUGAUCGAGCUGAGGAGAACAGAGAAAGGGAUCUGAAAAGCCGUCGACACAUGGAGGACAGGCCUAGAAUAAGUGAGGAUAGGAGGAAAGGUGAGGAUCGAAGGUAUGAGCUCCAUCGGAAAUCAGUGGCGAAUAGUCGUGAGGUGGGGGAUGAUGCCCGUGUGCAUAUUCGAAGACGUGAUGGAUCAGAGGAGAAGGAAGCUGAUGUUGCACGUAACGGUUCCCUUGCUAAGGAUAGAAGCCAUCAUGGUUAUGAUGAACAUAAGAGAGAAAAAGAACGAUUGGGUAGUCAGCACGACGACGAAAGUAGGAGAGACAAGGACAGCUACCAUUCAAGUCAUCAACAAGAUAAAGAACAUGGAUCAGACAUUGUCCAACGUGGGGACCGCGAUGCUUCGCGAUCGAAAAGAUCUCAUGCAGGAAAUCGGAGAUCAGAGAAUGAAGAUGUGCCUGGUUCGCACCUCACAAAAGAGCCUAAGCCUGAAUCCGUAGUAGAGGAUGUCAGUUCAGGAGAAGACGAUGGUCAACCGAGGCGAGGUCGGAGUAAGACUGAACGUUGGAACAGUCGAAGGGAGAGAGAAAUUCCCACAACCUCAGUAGUAGAUGGAAAGAGGCACAGGCGGCAGUCUCGUGCACGAGAAGCUGAUUUGACUAACGAAGCUCGAAAUGUUGAUCAGCUUACAAAUGAGAAACGGCAGGACCAGGGACGACAUGAGAAUCAUCAGCAGGACGCAGAACACAGUUCUAGGAACGAGCCGAGAGAACGGCAGCAGACUAGCAUUUCUGCCAAACGAUACAACAAUGUUGACAUCGAAGGCGAAGAAGACCCUGCAAAUUCCAAGACAAAGGAAAUUCGAAGCGGAGUGGUGUCACUAAAAGAAAGCAAUCGUAGAGAAUCACCUUUGCGAAGUACCCAUCGGCAUUCUGGUAGUGAGGAUCACGUACAGCUGUCCGAGGAAGUCACAGCUAAGCUUGAACGUCGGAAAGAACGGUUCGGGAAACCGAGACUUAAGAAGCCAAGCGAGGAGGAGAUGGCAGCUGGCCGAGAUGAACCUUCCUAUGCUGUUGAAGUUCAGGCAGAUCCUGUGGAAGUGAAACAGGAAAGGCCAGCUCGGAAAAGGAGAUGGGCUGGCAGUGGGUAGAUGCUGUGACUAAUUUCCUCGCUUAUCUUAACAGCUGCUAGUUCGUCACAGUUCAGUUGUAGAGUCUUUUCCACCUUUGGUGUCGUACGAGUUAUCGUCUUUCUUCUACUUAUUCAGAGCCUGCCUUGACUCUUGUCUUGACUGCACAUAUACCAUACUUGGCCAUGUCGGCGCUUGUGAGAUAACCCGCGGUAGCCUCACACAUGACUAGCAGCAAGCUUCCUGACACAAGCUGUGGGUUGCUGCUUUCUAAUCUUCUGGCAAGCGUUUCCAGGCUUGAAUAAAUGAAAGAGUCGCCGUUCUCAAGCGACGAAGCGUCAGUAACUCAAGGUACCCAAGUUAAACGAAGCAGUCGUGCUUGCAAGGAUUGUUAUGUCCAAUGCAAGUUCUUCGCGUGCUCCUAACCCGGUCAUUCUAUCAUACUGAGGAUGUAGUUUCAUACUUCGCUGUACAUUCGGUUUCGAAUUAGGAAUUCAUUGGUUUGAUACCAACCUCUAUCUUAUGUUUUAUGAAAAGGUUGAGUAGACACAAUACAAGGGUGAAGCUUACCACUGCAGUUUUACACAUUUUCUAGAGGUUAAUUUAGCAUAUCUUCAAGACUGGUACAAAUCUGCUACAAAUCUAGAAUAUAGCUGAACCGUGCUUCCAAGGAUUAAUGUGUCCAAUGCAAGUUUUUCAAAUCCCCGUGACCUUCAAAUUC